AUGGCCAUUAUUACGUCGACUGUUGGUCAACGUCAGCUGGUCUGCCUCGCCCGCGCGCUCCUAAAGAAGACAAGAAUCUUGAUCCUGGACGAGGCCACAGCGGCAGUGGACAUGGAGACUGACCGUCUCAUCCAGGACACCAUAAGGGAAGAGUUCGACCACUGCACCAUCAUCACCAUCGCCCACAGACUCAACACCAUCAUGGAUUAUGACAGGAUUAUGGUUCUUGACGCGGGCCGGAUACAGGAGCUGGACACACCGGACAAACUGCUGGCCAACACGGACUCUGUCUUCUACUCCAUGGCAAAGGAGGCCAACCUGGUCUGACGUCACUGGGAAAUCAUCGGCUCUCGGCUGUCUCCGGGGGGUCUCGGGUCACCUCGGAAGACACCGGUUGGAUGACCUAGUUAGAUAUCGCCUACUACUAGUUAGAUAUCGCCCGGGUGACUUUGUUAGACGCCUGCUGCCCUUUUGAGUAUCGGUUGACCUCGUUAUAUAUUGGUUGACCUUGUAUGGUAGACAUUGGUAGACCUUGUUAGAUAUCGCCCUGGUGACUUUGUUAGACACCUGCUGCCCUUUUGAGUAUCUGUUGACCUCGUUGUAUAUUGGUUGACCUCGUUAUAUAUUGGUUGACCUUGUUAAAUAUUGGUUGACCUUGUUAGGCAUCAUGUGACCUUGUUAGAUAUUGGGUGACCUUGUUAGAUAUUGGGUGGCCUUGUUAGAUAUUGGGUGGCCUUGUCAGAUAUUGGGUGACCUUGUUAGAUAUUGGUAGACCUUGUUAGAUAUUGGUAGACCUUGUUAGAUAUUGGUAGACCUUGUUAGAUAUUGGUAGACUUUGUUAGGCAUCAUGUGACCUUGUUAUAGAAAUCAUGUGACCUCGCUAGACAUCGUAUGACUUCGCCAAAUAUCAUAUGACCUUGUUAGACAUCGCCCGGGUGCCAAUGUUAAGCAUCAGUUGACAUUGUUAAGAAUCGGUUGACCUUGUUAAGCAUCGGUUGACCUUGAUAGACAUCAUGUGACCUCGCUUGUCAUCGGAUGACUUUGCUAGACAUUGUAUGAACUCACUUCACUACUUCACUAUAUUAUUUCGUUGGAACUCACUAGACUUGAUAUGGCCUUGUUAAACAUCUGGUUGCCUCGCUAGACAUCGGUUGACUUUGAAAGACAUCGUAUGAACCAGGAAAACAUUACGUGCCAAUUUUGACGCACGUUGGAGACGUGAUCAUUUUUUUAUGUUUGACUUUUGAUAACUUGAUAAGCCUACUACUAAAUGGCGCUCAUAUGACCUUAUGCAGUUGCGAACGCCGUAAAACCUUCUACUAUAAUAAAAUAAUAAGCCUACUAAAAUAUUUUAUGUAUGUCGUCGUGGAACUGCAAUAUGUGACGUGGUCUCCACGGGAUGUGCGUAACUUCCCGAUACUUUGGGAAGAUGUUCGAUACAUUUACUUAUCUUCUACAGACAUUUUGGCAAAUUUCUUAAAUGACCAAAAUUGUGUCGAUAGUGCCGUAAAACAUCUACCCAAUCAAUCAAUCAAAAGCAACGUCCAGAGACUUGUACUUGGCUUCUAACUACGUGUUCCACAAAAACUGGGUAACUUUCAGAGGCAUUACGUAACUUCCACAAACAUCCCCACAGAAAAUGGGUAAUUUUUAGAAGAACUGGCUAGCCUCCGGAGUUCCAUAUUGCAUCUAUUUACUUAACUAAAAUUUUGCUCAUCCCAAAAGAUCUCCCAAACUAUUAUAAUACUAUUUACUAUUUGAAAUUUUUUUGUGAUACUAUUUAGCUUUGUAGUCCAUUUACCAUGUUGUAUUGGUGCAGGCAGAAAUUAUUAAACUUGAUAUAAAACAUGUU